AUGGUGGAAAAAGAUCGCUGCAAGAUGGAUAACGAUCAUUCUGAAGUUGAUUGGAUUAUAUGCUUUGCAAUAAUCAAGCGUAACAAUCCAACGAUAUUCUCACGAGAAAGCAACAGUCGAAGCAGUAUUGUAAUAGGAGACAUAGGAAUACCCGAUAAGCUUUCCAACCUUAGGUUGAACCGUUCCUUAGUAGCCCACCUCGAUAUCGUCUAUCGGUACACUCAAAAUAUUGAGAAACUACGUGAUAACUUAGAUAUUAUGAAAAGCCUGAGUGACGAUAUCAAGUAUGUUGACAUCACAAGAUGGUUUUUACCGAACUAUAAAAACAUCUUGACAAUUUUGAGUUUGAAGGGUAGCAUAGGCGAACCGCAUAAGGUUCAGCGGCUAUUUCAUUGCUUUCAGUUACUUAUAGCUUCAUUCUGUUGUUUUCAAGCAGAUGCAUUGCAAUUAAGCUCCAAAUUGAUAUUAGAAACGCUAAUCAGUAGGUUUGUUAGUCAGGACUUGAUCGUUUGUAAACAAAAAAGCUCAAGGAUUGUUCAGCAAUAUUUGAGGACAGAUGAGGCAGUGUUUGAUUUGAGCAGUACCAGGAUGCAGUGUAAAAUACAUUGCGAAACACUAAUAUCUAUUAUGAAUUUAAAUUUGAGGGUGGUUGGCUCUUCGGUGUCUCAUAAGAAUGGAACAAGAUGUGGAAUGCAGUUUUUUCUAAUAAUUAGCAGAAUUUGUUUUGUCAUUGAAAGUUUGACACACUGUUUGAUAAAUCAAUUGAGCUCAACGCCUGAUAAAUCAUUAACGGAUGGUCUUGCAUACAGAGAGCAGUAUUGUAUUCGGGAAAGAACGUUCGAUUUCCAGUACACCAACAAUAUACUCUUUGUUUUGAGAGAACGUACAAGCAAGGUCAAAGAGAGAUUGGAAUUAUUGAAGGGGAUAAUUAGCGAACUCCUGAAAGUGCUCAAUCAUUUAGAUUGGUUUCAGCUGGACGACUACGUAAAACAAUAUCCAAUCCAUUCGGAAACGAUGAUAAAACGUCGAUUAUACAUUCAAAUAACUCUUCUUAUAGCUGCAGAUCUAAAUUUGAUCUCGGAAUUUAGGCUUAUAAGAUGGCCUACAUGGUCAAAACCUAGUUGA